AUGUCUACCAAGACAAAGGAUCAUUGGUCUUCGGAGGCAUACGCCACCUCCGCCUCCUUCGUCCCCCAACUCACCCAGACCGUCCUCCGCUAUCUCGACCCGCAACCCACCGACCGCGUGCUGGACAUCGGCUGCGGCGAUGGCAAGUUCACCGCGAAUUUCCUGUCAUCGGUGGCUUACGUCCUGGGGGUGGACGCGUCGCCGGCCAUGAUCGAGCAUGCAGCCAGGACGUAUGGUUCUGAGAAGGCUGAGUUCCGGGUCGUCGAUUGUCGGUUUUUGGAGCGCGAGAGGGAUAUCCUUGAUAAGGGGUGGGAUAAGGUCGUCUCUAACGCCGCACUGCACUGGAUCCUGCGCGACGAAUCGACCAGGCUGUCGACCCUGCGCGCCAUCUACGACUGCCUCAAGCCCGGCGGGACUUUCGUCUUCGAGGCCGGCGGCCACGGCAACGUCAGCGAGAUGAUGACCGCCAUGCUCUGGGCGCUCGUGCACCACGGUCUGAGCAUCGAGGAGGCGCGCGCCGCGACGCCGUGGUUUUUCCCCUCGGACGUCUGGAUGAAGGACGCGCUUGAGGGUCUGGGGUUCCGCGUCGACAAGAUCGAGCUCGAGUAUCGGCCCACGCAGUUGACGACUGCGGCGGGCGGCGGUCUGCCUGGCUGGAUCCGGUUGAUGGGCGCGCAGAUGCUGGAUGCUUUGCCGGAAGAGAAGAGAGAAUUGGUCGUAAAGGAGGUUUGUGAUGUGCUGCAGACGGUGGUGACGAGGGAUGAGGACGGUAGUCAAUGGUUGGGUCGUAAUAUCGUAUCGUCAUAA